UAUAUAUUAUAACAUAACACAACGAAAAGCCAUUGAAUAGUCCGCAGGUCUUCACUAAAAGUCGUAUAUUGAAUAUUCUAGUAAAACAUUAGUAUAUAAUUUCGUGAAAAUCUGCGUUCUUCCGUAUUUAUUGAAGUCAACAUUUACAAAUGACGAUACAAAGCAAUUCUCUAGAGUUUGGUAGUACCGAAAAUGGUUCAAAACAGGAUGGAAAAGUAAAUUCGUUACCAGCUCAUCCCAAAAAAUGGGACAUAGUGUGGAGGGAGCUGAUCAUCUUUACCAUCUUCCAUAUAACAGCGGUCCGUGGUUUAUAUUUGUUCAUCACUGUGGCUAAGUGGCAGACUUGCAUCUUUGCAUUUCUUUUAUACAUUGCUACGACGACCAGCGUAACAGUUGGUGCCCAUAGACUGUGGUCACAUAAAGCAUUUCAAGCUAAACUGCCUCUGAAAGUCAUACUGUUGUUCUUUUUCACAAUGGCAUUUCAGUAUUCAGCAGUGAUAUGGGCGCGCCUUCACCGUAUGCACCACAAAUACUUAGACACGGAUGCGGACCCUCAUAAUGCUGGUCGAGGUUUCUUCUUCUCUCACAUUGGCUGGAUGCUAAUCAAAAAGCAUCCAGAGUACAGAGCACAUAAGGUUGACAUUAGCGAUCUAAUGCAAGAUCCGUUACUACGGUUCCAGCACAAGCAUUACUGGGAAGUUCUAUUUAUUGCAUUUUUUUUAAUACCGACAUACGUCCCCACUUUAUGGGGAGAACAAUCGAGUACCGCUUUUUAUACUUGUGUGUGUUUACGCUAUGUAUGCGGACUACAUUCGAUUUGGUUGGUAAACUCAGCAGCUCAUAUGUGGGGCACAAAACCUUAUGACAAAAACAUUCGAGCUGUUGAAACUAAGAUAGUAUCAAUGCUGGCCGCUGGAGAAGGGUUUCACAACUACCACCACACUUUUCCAUGGGACUAUAGAAUAGCGGAGUUCGGAGAUUACUCUCUAAAUCUAGGCAAGUUGUUCAUUGACACCAUGGCAAAAAUCGGAUGGGCAUACAAUCUGAAGUCAGUACCAGAUGAGCUGAUUGAAAAACGGGUGAAGAGGACUGGUGAUGGGACACACCCAGUUUGGGGUUGGGACGACCCAGAUUUACCAUUGGAAGAUAAACGGAUGUCAAUAGUGAAGUGACAAAACAAAAGUGUAUCUUCUAAUUAAUUGUUUUAUCCGAUAACAACAAAA